AGUAGGCGCUGUCGUGCUGUUGAGGCGAGUCGCAGGUAAAAGGAGAGAGUGAGAGACAGAGAGAAAAGGAUCGCUUCACUUCUGACCGUCACUUCAUUGUCUACCAACCGUCACGUAUCCGACUAGUCUUCAGGCGUUUCGUUCUUGAAAUUAUUGCGCUUUCGUGCGGAGAGAUCUGUUAUAGACAGUUACGAUGGAUGAAGAUUUUGUUGUCCGUGUCCGUGGACUUCCGUGGUCUUGCACUGCUGAUGAAGUGUUACGCUUCUUUUCAGAUUGCAAGAUAUUAAAUGGAACUGCUGGAAUACACUUCACCUAUUUAAGAGAAGGCCGCCCGAGUGGUGAAGCCUUUGUUCAGCUGGAAAGUGAUGAGGAUGUAAAACGUGCCCUUGCGAAAGACCGAGAAAGCAUGGGCCAUCGAUACAUUGAAGUGUUUGAAACUAAAGCCUCUGAAAUGGACUGGGCGCUAAAACAUGCUAACCCAAACCAAACUGAGUCCACGAGCGAUGGAACAGUGCGCCUCAGGGGCUUGCCCUUUGGCUGCAGUAAAGAGGAAAUUUUGCAGUUUUUCACAGGGUUGGAAAUCGUGCCAAAUGGGAUAACAUUGCCGGUGGACUACCAGGGGAGAAGCACGGGGGAAGCCUUCGUGCAGUUUGCAUCAAAGGAGAUAGCUGAAAAAGCACUGGGGAAACACAAGGAAAGAAUAGGGCACAGGUAUAUUGAAAUCUUCAGGAGCAGUAGAGGUGAAGUUCGAGCUUUUCAUGAUCCACCAAGAAGGUUAAUGGGUCAGCGGCCAGGACCCUACGACAGACCAAUGGGAGGUGCAAGAACUGGCUACGGUGGUCCAGGGCCCAUGAGAGGAGACAUGUUUGAUCGCGCACGUAGAGGAGCUGGCUAUGGUGGAGGUUAUGGCAACUUUGAUGAUUACGGUUAUAAUGAUAACUACGGUUAUGGACGUGAUGGAUAUGGACACAAUGCCAGAGGUGGUGGAAUGAUGGAUAGAGACAUAUACAGGUGUGUAACUGAACAUUAUUGCCAUCUAGGCAUGGGCAGUCGUGGUUACGGUGGAGCAGGCGAUGCUGGUCCCCUAUUUCAGAAUGGUACAGGUCAUUAUGUACACAUGAGGGGAUUACCUUUCAGAGCUUCUGAAGGAGAUGUUGCAGAUUUCUUUUCACCGCUGAUUCCUGUAAAGAUAAAUUUUGAAUAUGGCUCUGAUGGUCGACUCACUGGAGAGGCUGAUGUCGAGUUUGCUACUCAUGAAGAUGCAGUUGCAGCUAUGUCGAAAGAUAAAGCCCACAUGCAACACAGAUAUAUUGAAUUGUUCCUGGAUUCAACUGCCAACAUGGGAGGUGGGCCUGGUGGCUAUGGAAAUCACAGAAUGGGUGCAAUGGGCAUGAGUAUGGACCAUUAUGCAGCAGGCAAUCAAGGGGGCUAUGGUCAUAACACCCAGGCUAUGGGAAAUAGCUACGGUAAUAUGGGCAAUAGCUAUGGUGGAUAUGGAAAUCCUGGAAAUGCGCGUGGAUUUGGUUAUGGUGGUAUGGGAGGAGGUGGAUAUUCGAGCAAUCCAAAUCAGCACAUGGGAAUGGGCAAUAUAGAUACAAGCAUGGCUGGAUGGAGAAUGUAAACUUAAAAUUAUGCUCAUCAGGCCAUGAGCCAGAAGCUUCAAGAACCCAAACUCUGCCACAAUUUCAUAAUGGAUGACCAAUGCAGCAGUGUUGCUGUUUGUUUUCUUCAAUACCAAAAGCAGUAAUAUUUUUACUAAUAGAGCUACUUUGCAAUUCUUUUUAUUUUUUUACAUGUUUUGGUGUAAAACCCAUGUUUGCCCAGGCUUGGGUAACAUUGUUUGAAGCUUCAGGUGUGAGACCUGAUGAAGAGUUAACUACUUCUUUGAUAAUUUUGGACUUAAGUGAAUGUGGCAAAUCAAAGUAAACAUCUGGUUCAAAGCCUUCUUUCGAUGAAUUCUUACAUUAUUAUUUUAACUAAACUAAAUCUAACAUUGGAUCAUCUUUUAAAACCUUCUCAGAUGAGCAAGUUGUGUGAUUGUGAAUUUUUUUUAACUUCGGUGGUACCAUUUAAAAAUGAAACUGGGAGAGAUUUAACUUCCUUCUGUGGUCUUAGCCGGAGGACCACCACCAAAAUGUCCACACUUUGUUCAGUUUGAGGUUGAAUGUCACAUGUAGAAAUGUGCGGUUAUGGACAUCUGGUAGAACAUCUUACAGUUACGUCUUCAUAAGCCAUUGUCCCAUUACUUGCUAAUUAGACCACAACUGCAAAUACUGUUCCAAGUUCAAGUUUUGCAUCUUUUUGUUGUUGUGUUCACUUCUAUGGCCCCCUCAAGCUAACUUUAACAGCUAACUGUGAGGUUCUCAGUUGGCAUAUUUUCUUGUUAUGACUUGUGGAAUGCAGAUUAAAAAUGAAGAAGCAGAUACAUGGUGUUUAAAACGAUGUUGAGCUGUCAGUUCCUCCAGCGUAUAUUCUUAAGUGUUGCUAUUGGAAAUCCAAGCGAACAUGUUUUCUUCGACAGUUAGUUUUUUUAAAAGUAUGUCUGGUUCACAUCGUUUUUAACCUUGAUUCUUAAUUUUUUGACUGUUAGCAGUGUAGUUUUAAAAAUGAGAGGAAUACCUGCAUUCCAUGCUGAAAGGUGGUGUUUUGGUUACCAUGUUUUGUUCAGUGGGACAUAUUGACCUUGACACUUGAAUGUGCAGCUUCUGAAACCUGUACUUUUUUCAACAUAUGUGAAAGAUGACUUACUGUACAUUUCUAAUGGUGAAUAUAAUAAAGAGUAAUUUCAGAAAAA